AUGUCUGCUCAAAGCAGCGACUCGGCGUACAAUGCUCCCCGUCACCACAGGCAGAACUCGUCCUGGAAUCCGCCUUCCCAAUAUACUGAGCUCGUCAGUCCGUAUGGCACCCAAGAGCGUCCUCCGUGCACCAUCCAGACCCAAUUCCCACCUUCCAGGGUGAGCCCCUGUUUACCGUCAAUUAGAGAUUUCGACCGGUUGAAUGCAUACAGCCCUUCCUUUUCAACAACAGGCUCAUAUGGAUAUGGUGGCUCCGGAGGGCCUCCCCCGAGUCACGAGGGCUACCAUUUCAAGACGGAAACGUCCUCUUAUUAUGACCCACCUCACCGAUAUGGACAGAGUUAUCCACAGACGAACAGACCCAAUGCUCCGCAGAUGGAGUAUUCAAGGUAUCCGCCCUCACUUUAUGAGUAUCGUGGCGGUGUCACAUAUCCCUCGCCUUAUGCCGGUGAUUAUCUUCCCUCGCCGACAGGGUCCCAUCAUCCUGUCUCGCCAACAGUGUCAAAUGAAGGAUGUGGACUUCCGGGCAGGAGGCGGAGGGGCAACUUGCCAAAGCCUAUUACAGACUAUUUGCGACAAUGGUUUCUGGCCCACCUGGAACAUCCGUAUCCGACGGAAGAGGACAAGCAACAGUUUGCUCAAACGACGGGUCUGACUAUUGCUCAGAUCAGCAACUGGUUCAUUAAUGCCAGAAGACGCCAUCUCCCCGCGCUGCGUCAUCAGGUCCGGGAGCGAGCGUCACAAGCAUCGGCAGCUGAAUAUGAAUCAGACCAGGCGCGGCGUUAG